AAGUUUAUCAUGAGAAGUAAAAACAUUUUGAAUCGGAGCAAACGCUUGGAAAAAGUCCAUGUGGUUAUUGGACAUAAGUCUUGCGAUCUGGAUUCACUUAUUUCUGCCUUCACCUAUGCUUACUUACUAGACAAGGUCAGUCCUCCUGGCGUCCUGUGUUUGCCAGUGCUAAACAUACCAAGAACAGAAUUCAACUACUUCACUGAGACAAGGUGUAUUUUAGAAGAGCUAAAUAUCUCUGAGUCAUCUCAUAUCUUUCGAGAUGAGAUUAAUCUACAUCAUCUAAAUGAGGAAGGGAAAUUGUCACUAACGCUUGUUAGCAACAAUGUGCUGGCCAGUGAGGAUAAAACUUUAGAAUCUGCUGUUGUCAAAGUCAUUAAUCCAGCUGAACGAUGUGAUACCGGCUUUGAGUUCCAGGAGUCUUCUUCCUCCCUUGUGGCAAAAGAGAUUCUUCAGGAGGCCCCUGAGUUAGUCACUGAACAACUGGCUCAUCUCCUCAGAGGGAGUAUCCUUUUCAGCUGGAUGUCCAUGGAAUCUGAGAAGAUGUCAGAGAAACAGGAAGAAAUUCUUUCCAUUCUAGAAGAGAAAUUUCCUGAUUUGCCUCCAAGGGAAGAUAUUAUCAGCGUUCUGCAAGAGACCCAAUGCAGUGCCCAGAGUUUAAGCAUUGAACAGAUAAUGCUGAAGGAUCUGAAGGAACUGUCUGAUGGAGAGAUAAAAGUAGCCAUCAGUACUGUGUACAUGACCCUUGAGGACUGUAUGUUUCAUAGAAACAUUGCCACUGACCUGAAGAUUUUUACAGAAAAGUAUGGCUUUGAUGUGCUCAUCCUUUUGGCCAGUUACUUAACAGACGAACAACAGACAAAACGUCAAAUAGCUGUAUAUUCAGAGAAUGCAGAAUUGGGCAAUCAGAUCUGCUGUGAACUGGAAGAGUGUCAGAAUCCUUGCUUGGAGCUGGAGCCCUUUGAAUGUGGCUGUGAUGAAAUUCUGGUGUAUCAGCAGGAGGACCCGAUGGUAACUUCUGAUCAGAUGGUUCUCCUUGUCAAGGACGUCAUUAACAGAAGGUGUUCAGAAAUGGUCUCCAACAGCCGGACAUCCUCUACUGAAGCUGUGGCUGGGAGUGCACCACUCUCUCAGGGAUCUUCUGGCAUCAUGGAGUUGUAUGGCUCUGAUGUAGAACCACAGCCCAGUUCCGUGAAUUUCAUAGAAAACCCUCAAGACCUUAAUGGCUCCAACCCAGCUCAGGUGGAUGUCAAUGUAGACCUUGUGAGCCCUGAUAGUGGGUUGGCAACCAUUCGGAGCAGCCGGUCUUCCAAGGAGAGCUCAGUUUUCCUAAGUGAUGAUAGCCCAGUAGGUGAAGGUGCUGGGCCUCAUCAUAGCCUCCUCCCAGGGUUUGAUUCUUAUAGUCCCAUCCCUGAGGGAGCAAUAGCUGAGGAGCAUAAACCACAGUCUGGAGAAGAUGGUGAACAUUUUGAUCUUUUCAACUUUGACCCAGCACACAAUGUUUCUGUGCAGUCCCAGCCAUCUUCCCAUUCAGCUGACUAUUCCCCAGCAGAUGACUUUCCCAACAGUGAUUCAUCAGAAGGACAGCCACCCACAGUGUCAAAGGGACUUGAUGAGAUGAAUCUAUUAGGGAGUGACAUGGCUAAUUACUCAGCAGGUUUACUGAUGACAGUGGCUGAAAAAGAUAGCCUUCUGGAAUUUGAUGGGGAAUUUGCCCAGAGGCAAGAAAGCCCUGGGGAACUCUCAGAAAGAACUUUGAGCCUCACUGAUUUUGUGGGAGAUGACUCUCCUCCCUCUGAGAGGCUGAAAAACAUUGGGACAAGAGUCCCACCAACUCCAAUGAACAGCUUUGUGGAAAGCUCACCACUCACAGAGGACCCAACCUUGCUCUUCCCCGAAGACAUGCUACAAAAAAUAAAUGACUUAGAUCACACAGGACUUACUCAAACCCGCACGAGGUGCAGCAGCUGGUGGGGUGGUUUAGAAAUCGACCCAAAAAAUGCUGCCCUUCUGAACACUGACACAUGGAGUUCCAGUGAACAGGAGUCUGUCUUCCAGAGUCCUGAGUCUUGGAAAGAUCACAAAGCAAGUCCCAUUGAUAGGAGGGCCUCAGAUUCUGUAUAUCAGCAAAAGCAGUCCAGACAUGGUGAAUACCCAAAGCUGGACCCCUGGCAGACCCAACUGGAACAAGAAACCGUGGAUAAUACUGAUACCCACCACCAAAGUGAGGACAAUCCAGAACACCAGAAACUGCCUUCUGAGAAAUCACAUUUAUCACAUGCUUCCCCUCAGGGGACAUGCCACUUGAUAGAAGACUUUGCCGCUGUGUGGCAGCCCAGCUCACCUUCUGCAAUGGAAAGCGAUCCAUGGGAAAAUCCUGCAAAUGACAGUGGUGAACAGGUGGAUUCAGAACCUUUCCCUACCUGGACUAAAUUUAGUAAAGAAGAUAGCACCAAUACUCUUAAAAAGUCCUGGAAUGUGCAGCAGAUGGACAGAAAUCUGCCUCCCAAAAGAGACCAUGAUGAGUGGGCUGUGGCAAAGAAAGAUUUUUCUUUUUCUGCAGAAGUCCCAUCAGAGAAUUUGCCCACAACUCCAAAUAAUCAAGUGACUUCAGAAGCCUGGAAUGAGAGCAAAGAUGACACAAACAACGUCCACAUUGAGUCUGACAAUCCCAGUCUUGAUUCUGACAUUAUAUGGAAUAAUUCUAAGAUGCUUAGGGAAAAUCAGGAUGGGUUCAAUGGUUCUGAGAUCAGGGGGAAAUCAUUUGAAAAGGUAAACACUUGGAACUUGUAUGAAGAGAAUGAUAAGGAAGGAGCUCCAGCUCCCUGGGAGGAUUCCUUCUUAUCAUAUAGGUGCUCAGACUUCAGCACAUCCAAUGUAGGUGAAGAUUUGGUUGCUUCUGAAUUAGAUACCAACUAUUCUACAUCAGACUCAUAUAUAUCACCUACAUUUGUAGGGGAGGAGAAAGAAACAGAGGACAAAACUUUUGAUCAUGAUGUUACCAUAGCUGCAGAGCAGACCUCACCGAAUAACUCAAAUGAUGCUGAAAAUCUUCCUCAGUCAAUGGAGCCUCCAUCCUACAGAAAUAGGAUUAGUUCAGGACCCGGGACCCUAGAGAUGUGGACAACACAUCCACCAAAAGAUAGCCUGGUUGUGACAGUUGAUUCAGAAACAAACGUCCCUUCAAAUCCACAUAAAGAUUUGCUCAAGUUAGAAUACCCAGACACUAAAAAUCUCUCAGCUGAGGAUGAUAUUGGGGAAAGCAGCCAAUCCAGUUAUGAUGAUCCUAGGAUGAUGCAGAUGUAUAAUGAAACAAACCGACAACUGACCCUCAUGCGUAGUGGCACAGACCCCAGGCAGGCCGCUCCUGAGAAUGCUGACUUGUGGAAUAGAGUUAUCCUUGAGGACACACAAUCGACAGCAACCAUUUCAGAUCUAGAUAAUGAUUUAGACUGGGAUGACUGCAAUGGGGGAAUGGAAACUUCCAGAGAAGGGCAAGCCCAAGGAUACAUACAUGAAGGUACAGAACCAGAAACUCGAUUUUCAGUGAGACAGCUAGAACCGUGGGGCAUUGAGAGUCAGGAGGACAGUCAGGUAGGAUGGGAGCACCAUAUGCCCUACGAUGCCUCUGAAGAAGGAAAAGAUGCCACAUUCAAUGAAUUCAAUUCAUUAAAUGAGAAAAGUGGACAGCAAAUCUUUAGCAAUAUUUGGGAUACAGUCAUAAAAGAUGACAAUGUGUCAUCCUUAAUACUGCCAGACUCAUCACACAUUGUAGAUUCAGAUGAAAACAAGUCACCAUGGGAAACUCUGAGCUCAUCAGAAAAUGUUAAGGACAGCAACAUCCCAGAUAAGCUAGAAAUCUUAGAAAAUGAGCAGGAAGAAGCAUUUACACCUGUCACCCCUCUGGCUGAUUCGGCCAACCAGGAAACACAAGAAAGUACUUCAGUGGGCAAUGAAGGAUUCCUUGCAACAAGUUCUGAGAACAAAGAAAAUCAUGACCAUUCGGACAUAUGGAAGGAUCAGAGUUAUAAACACAGUGAAGAUGAGAAUAACAUACAAGAAAAUAUUGACAAAGAAUAUUUAGUUGAAGAGGACACAAGAAGUUCUGAAGUAGAUAGUGCUUCAGGAAGUUCAGAAAGAGAAGAAGGUGACUCAGAACUCUAUUCUCCUGUUGCAUUUGAAAAUCAAGAGACCCAUGUUAAUCAAGAGACCUCUGUUAAAAGCAGCUCUCCUUCAGCUGCAUUUAGUUCCCACACCAAUGAAAUCUCAGAGGAGCUAGUGAAACUCCAGGGCAAUACUUCUAACCAAAGGAGCAGUGAUGCACACGCAAAAGCCUCUACAAAUAAUCUAAAGAUAAAUAAUGCCUGUGAAAAGCAUUUCGUGGAUCCGGGAAAUUCAGUUGACACUGCUAACAUUUUAUCGAUUCAGAAUCAAGCUGCAACAGAUCAUUCAUUAUCUGAAAUGAGCCUUGAGAAAAAUGAGACAUAUAAAAUUUUGGGAUUGGAGGGUAUACCCACAGAGAAAGGAGAUAAGGCACCUCUUCUUGAAAGUCCCCAGAGUCUUGACAUUUGGAAUGCACGUGUAGGUGGCGACUCUCAAUACAAUGGAACAAGUCUUGAAAUAAAUGAAAGCUGUGAAAUGAAAAGUAUUAAAAAUCAUCUUGCUACAGGUGAUUUUCAAAUGGGACAUGGUGAGGAUGAUAUUGUGUCCAGUGACUAUACACACUCGAGUGCAUCAAGCCCUGAUCUAAGCGAUCCAUCUGCUGCUAUGCCCAGCUUGGGUGAUGUGAAGACUACAGACUAUCAGCAAAAGAAUCAAGAUGGCUGCAGUACAGAGACUAAUAAAGACUCUGAACUUGUUACCACCAAUGAUCAACCAGAAAUGGUACCUGAAAUGGGAGACUUACAGGGGGAAAUGAGGGAUGAAUUUCAAAAGGUCGUCAAUCACAAAGUUCCUAAGUCUUUAGAUAUGUGGAAUGCCCAAGCAUGGGAUGAUGACUCCCUCUCUUCUUUAUCAAGCCCUGAUGGAGGCAACACUCCUCAAAAUCCAGGAUCCCAGGAAAGAAGUCCAGCAGUUAACCAUUAUCAAAAAAAUGAGCAUGAAAUUCUUGAAACUGCACUCAAUAAUGAUACUAAGCCCACUACAGUAAACUCGGGGAUUAAUAGGAGCCCUAAUGGUGAAGAUAAAUUGGAGAAAGAAGUUCAUUUGAUCACUUCCCAAACAGAUUUGCAGAAGGAUUCUAGGAUAUGGAAUAUAUUUAGUGAAAAAAAUGUGUGUUUGACCAUAGCUGGCCAUGAAAGUCAGGAAUUUUCUGAAUGUAGAGAUUCUUGGGAGACAACCAAAGGUGAGAGUCAAGGAAGCCCAUCCUAUGAAGAUCAAAGCAGUCCUGAACACUGGAAUUUCUCACCUAUAAAUAAAAAUGCAGAACAGGCAACCAGAUUUAGCGAGGAGGCAAAAUGUUCUCCAGAGACAUUGAAGACUGAAGAUGUGACUGAAGAGGCAUCAUUGGAAGUGUCUCCUGAAAAUGAGUCAGAAGUAAAGCAUAAGUCCAAGGUGAAAACUCUUGGAUUAUCAGCUGAGAGAGCAGAAUGGUGGAACACCUUGCCCCAGAAAAAGAGUCCAGAGGAAGUGAAACUUUCUGACUCAGAUAGUGUUUUAGAAGAGACCUCUUCUGUAGGCCAGAAGGUGGAUCCAUGGCAUGUAGUCAUUCAGGGUGAUCUUGAAUCCAAAGAAGGACUUCAUGUUGAUCCUUUCACAGAUGAAAACCAGCCACCCUUUCAAGGUGGCAAUGAAGAAAACUAUAAACCAAGUCAGAUGGCCUCAGAUUCUGUACAGAUGGAGCAGUGCGAUGAGUUUGAGCCAAGCCAAGAAGAAAAGGAUUUAAAAGAGCAACUAGUCGUAUCAACUGCUGUUAAUGAGCUUGGUCCUGAAAGCCGUACCCAACAACAAUGUCAAGACAGAGUGCUACCGGUUCUGGACCAGCCAGAUUCAGAACUUACUCAUGCAAACGAUUGCGUUGCCAUCAGCCCUUCUUCUCAAAUAACAAUGAGGUUUAGUCCUGGAUGGAGUAGUUCUCCACCUGGUGGGAUCCCUCAAGGUACAUUUGUCCCAGACAUUUUGCAUGACAAUUUCCAAGAAGGUAGGCAAAUUAUCUCAGCGAUGCCUGAUCUGUGGACUGAUACUGAACAGCCCCUUAGCCUAAAAGCAGAUGGUGAAAAUCCAGACAUAUUGAAUCACUGCGACCAGGAUAGCAACUCCCAGUCCUCUACCAGUCCUGAUGUGUGUCAUGAAUAUGAAAUAAAGGAGGAGACUGGGCAGCAUAUUACCCAAGCUUCAGCUAGCCCAAGAGGGGAAGCUAGUGAGUUUUAUCUCACCAAAUCAGAUGGGAAUCAAGAAACUGCUCUGGUUCCUACACGGACAUUUGCCAUUCACAAUGUGGGAAUGCAUCCUGAAAAACAAUUUUUCUUGCGUCCAAACAAUGAACAAGCAAAUAUUGAUGGGUUAGUCUCUCCCCAGACUUCCUCUGGACCUUCUGAACUGGUUGGUGACAAUGGAGCAAACUUAGGAGAAUUCAAAAGUAAAACCACCCUAGAAUCAGCAUCAGUUUUGGAACCAGUGGAAAUGGAAGAUUUGACUGUUGAAAACAUGGGAGCCUACGCUAUCAUGACUCCCCAGGCACCAGCUACUAUUGAGGUGAAUAGUUCUUGUAUAACAGGUGAUGUCUUUCCUGAAAGUCAAAAAGAUACAAAUGCCCUGAUUAACACUGAACAUCCUUUAACUGGUGAGGAGCCAGGAGCCAACACUGGGACCCUAACAGCCACAAGCCCCUUUUAUGAUAGAAAUGAGGCUAUUAUAGGACACAGUUUGAAUGGUGCAAUCAACACUUUAGAUGGAACAAUGAAGGGCAUGGAAAAAUCACCAUUUGGAGAGAACGACCCUGAAAACUCUACGGGGAGACAAACUAUCUGUCUCUCAGCAGCCUCUUGGGAUGAUUUGGAAGAUAGUUCAAUGGUUACAAAUUUCAAUGAAGAAGCGACAAAAGAGCCUGAACACUUCCAUUAUGAUGGGGAGACUAUCUUGGAGGAGACUUCCACCAAAUAUCCACUUAUGCCAUAUACACCUCCCUUUGAUUUGUCAUUUCUCACAGAGGUGCCCCAAAACUCCAUGCAGGAGAAGGAAGUGUUCUCAGCUGAGGAACAUUCUUCUGACAGUGAAAUGGAAGAAUUACUGUUCCCUGCACCGCUGCCUAGAAAAGAUACCACAAGCCAUUCAGAGAAAAGAGAUGGUGUUAUCCAAAACCCAUUAGACUCUGAACCAGAAUUUGUUUCUAGAAAGGAUCCUGAGCUAAGAACAGGAAAUAAGCAAGAAAACACCUCUAUGGAGAUAAAUGAGGACCCGAGUGCAUUACAAAUGGAUUAUAUUCUUGUUGACCAUGAAGAAAACUCCUCUGAAAGGAAGGUUCUUCUUGAGCCAAGGGAAAAUAAAACUGAUUUACAAGAAGUCAGUGUUGGGUCAGAGCAAAUGGAGCUUCCAAGAGAAUUUUCAGCAUCCUCCCAGGAUAUAUUACAGUCAGAUGCAAUAAAUGAAAGGGAAGGCCAGUCUGCAGUGGGACCUGUAAUGCAGAAUGAUUCUUACAUUGUGCCUCCAAAACUGGAAGAUGAAAGGAGACCUCUAGAAAGCCCUGGGCAAGACCCAGGUUGGAUGGUCUUAGGCCAAAGUGAAGUUUACAAUGCGCCACCUGAAGACAGUUCCAGUCUGACAGAAACAGUGGCCUUGAGAUCUGGACAUUACAUCACGGAUGCAGAUCAGAGACGGAGAGAAGCCGAACAGACUCAGGUCUGUGCAGAGACAAGGAAAAAUAGUCCUCAUGAGUCUUCAAAAAUGGAGAAGUCCUCUUGCCAGGGAAGCCUGGCAAAGAAGAAUAAGCAUAAGAGUUCAAGCAAGGCGGAUGGAGAUGCUCUUUUGCUAAAGGUGGUUGCCCACGACAAUGAAUGGGAAAUGCUUUCACCACAGAUUUCUGAAGGGAGCAUGGUCCCAGAAAAGGAAAUGGAGGAGGAGACAGAGUUUCUUGACUCUGAACCAAGAGAACCAAGCCCAAGAGGACCGCUAGCAGAUGAUGUAGGAAUGGACAUCCCCUUUGAAGAGGGAGAGCUAAGUCCCAAUUCUGCAGACAUGAGACCUGAACCACCUAAUUCUCUGGAUCUUGAUGGCUCUCAUCCCCGGAGGAUAAAGCUCACAGCCCCAAAUAUCAACCUUUCCCUGGACCAGAGUGAAGGAUCUGUUCUCUCUGAUGAUAACCUAGAUAGCCCAGAUGAAAUUGACAUCAACGUGGAUGACCUGGACACCCCUGAUGAGGCGGAUUCCUUUGAAUACACUGUCCACGAGGACCAAACAACCCUCCAAGAUUCCGGCCAGGAGGCAGAGUCCAUCCCAGAAUACACUGCUGAGGAGGAGCGGGAGGACAAUCGGUUGUGGAGGACCAUCGUGAUCGGGGAGCAGGAGCAAAGGAUUGACAUGAAAGUCAUAGAGCCUUACAAAAGAGUCAUUUCUCAUGGAGGAGAUUCAGGAUACUAUGGGGACGGUCUAAAUGCCAUCAUUGUGUUUGCUGCCUGUUUUCUGCCAGACAGCAGUCGGGCUGAUUACCACUAUGUCAUGGAAAAUCUUUUCCUGUAUGUAAUAAGUACUUUGGAGCUGAUGGUAGCUGAAGACUAUAUGAUAGUCUACUUGAAUGGAGCAACCCCAAGAAGGAAGAUGCCUGGACUAGGCUGGAUGAAAAAAUGUUAUCAGAUGAUUGACAGAAGGUUAAGGAAGAAUUUGAAAUCAUUCAUCAUUGUUCACCCAUCUUGGUUCAUCAGAACAAUCCUUGCAGUGACACGGCCUUUUAUAAGUUCAAAAUUCAGCAGCAAAAUACAAUACGUCAGCACCUUAUCAGAGCUCAGUGAGCUGAUCCCAAUGGAAUGUGUCCAUAUUCCAGAGAGUGUCAUCAAGUACGAUGAAGAGAAAUCUUAUAAGAGAAGUGUGAGACUGGAUGAAGAGCUGAGGGAAGCAUCCGAAAGAGCUAAAGCUAGCUGCCUUUCAAAUGAUCCAGAAAUGUCUUCUAUGGAGCAGGAUAUUGACAUGAAGCUGAAGGAAAAACUGUAGCUGGUGGGGGUUUGCGGAAGAAGAUGAUUCUUCAGUUGAAGCCCUUCUAAAACAUAUCUACCUAGAAGAGAAGAGAUGACUGAUGACUCACUUUGCACUAUCUGGUGCCAUUGGAAACUUCAGGGUGAAGAUGGGGGGAAGCAGUGGUGAAUUCCUUUCAUUUAAUCAUAGUUUUUAUGUAAUUGUGUGUAUAUGUGUUCAAUUAAGUUAUUAUCCUGUGAUCACGAACUUCAUGUACUCUUUAGUUAAACCCUCCCAAGAAAGUGGAGAGUUCUGGUUUUAUGCAUUGCUGACUGUAAUAUCUCUCACCUCCAUCACUAUCCUCAACCUCUUAGAUAAGCCAGACAGGAGUAUCAAGAGAUAAGGCACUUUAAUUCCAUAGAUUACUUCUUUUCCUUUAUAAGCAUUUUAGACGAAGAUGGUUUCAUGUCUUCCUCUGUUAUACUUAGCUCUAUCUACAUAGCUUUCCCUGCUCACAUUGGUCCAUAGGUCACAAUGCAGGGUGUGGAAACUUCGUCCUUGAACUGCCUAGUUCAACAACCAGUGAGCAUUCCUUAAAGGAACUUCCUAGAAAGAAAUUCUUGUUUGAACCCAAACCAAUUUUAUUUUUUAUUUGUUUUACCUGUCAGCUUUGUUUUUUUUAAGAUGUGGUCUUUUAAAAAACUGUUCAUCCCACAGUGACUAAGGAGGCAUCCUAAGGUUAGGGACGUUGAAAUGCAACACAUGCAUGGUUUUGUGGGUGCUGUCGUAGCUUUAGUCCUUUAAUGUGGACUCUCAGCUUAGUGUUGGUCCUACUAUCUGAAAAUAUUAACAGCAUACAACAGCAAACACAGAAUAAGUCAACCACUCAUAAAAAGAAAUGUGCUUUAAGAUUCUCUCCUUUGACUAUAAGCUUACAGUGUGUUCUUAAUUAUAAAAAAGUUCUUUCACAUUUUAUCAAUAUGCUCCAUUUUACAUAGCAACUUUAUUUUGAAUUUGUAGGCUAUAUCAUGCACAUUUUUGUUUUGUUCAUUUUUAUUUAAGUCUGUAUUUACCCAAUAGAAUAAAUGAGUAAACAUGCCUAAUUUUACUUUCUGUUUUCAUAAAUGAUAUAAACUCCUUUCAUACCAUUUGAGAGUAAAAUGCAUAGCCUUUUGAAAAAAGAAGGCAAACCACUAACCACAAAAAUGUCGGUCUGGCAGUAUUUAUUUACGUAACCAAAAUGGAGGCUGUCCUUAAAAAGUCUUUGAUCGACAACAUUUGAUGCUAAUCUCACUUUUUUCUGGAUAUAUGUUCUUAACUUCCAACACUACCUAUCAUUUAUGGGCUAGAAUGAAUGAGAGAGUUGUGAAAAUAAAGAGUUUCCAUUGCAGUAGUGCUGUAAUUAAAGAAUUGGUGAAGAUUCCAGUUUGGAUUCCAUGGAAUGGUGGUUCUUUACUGUUUCUGUGGAGACCUUUGAAAUCUCAAAUACUCAAAGGGAUCUAUGGUCUCAUCAGUUUGGAAGUUCUCCUCCCCCUCCCCCCCAAUCCUCACCACAAUGAUGCCUAUCACAGUGCCUCUGUGACUGUCCGUCCUGGACAACUUUUCUCCAGGUGCUCCCAUAAGUUCACUACGGAGUUCUGCCCAAUGUUUAGAUAUCAAAUUGAAUUUUAACAGCCCCCUCUUUGCCACUUUUAUUCCCAACUUCUCUUUUCUCUAUAAUCAGCAGACUUUUCCUUUCAUAUCGUCUCCAGACUUCUUUGUCUUUUCCCAUUCCCUAGCCAAGACCUGUAAGUCCUGGCCCUUUAAAUUGACAACCGUGCCUGUGAUUAAAUCAUUUCUUCUAAAUACUUUAGAUCCCUACCUCACACUUCCAAAAAUUCCUGCCCUAGGGAGUGCCGGCCACCCCAGGCUGUUGUGUUUCACAUCUGGAAACCAAGCAUAGCUCUAGGGAGAUAAGCUUGAGAACACAUACAAAUUGGUAGAGGGCAGAAGUUAUUUCCAACUAGAGAAAAGACUGAAAUUGGAUGUUGCUUUUGAUUCAUCCCGCUGAUUUAUUUGAAAUAGUCCUAGCAAUCCACAGAUAUAGGCUUUAUCUUCACCAAGCGUACCUUGGAAAUUUGUACACGUCAGUGACUCUCCUUGGGCUUCUCCAUUGUUCGCGUGCCAAUUCUGAUGUUCAGUUCUUUGCUUUUCUGUUCCACUAAAAAGAUAGAUGAUUAAAUCAAUUCUGCUCUCCAGAAGAAAGGUACUGUCCAAAUUCAAUCCAAAAGAAUUGAAGGAGCAGACAAUAAUACCUAAGUAUAUAGAUGUCUGUGCUGACUUUCACUCACAUUCUGAUCACUUUUACUUUCUGAGAGGCUGACUUCUGGAAGCUGCCUAGCACUUUAUCUGUGAGUCAGAGGAUUUGGGGAGGACGACGUUACUGCCUUCCAAAUGAUGUUGUUCCCCACAACACACCUCCCUUAAAUGAACGAGUGGGAAUUUUCAUGGACUAGCCGCUCAGACAGUGAGAAGUUGUGUUUGGAGGCGCCAGCUAGGUGUGUGUGUGUGGGGGGGGGGAGUCCUGAAGCCAUAUGAUGUUUAAAAAUAGGUUUGACAAUAUGACUUACUUUAAGGCUUAUUAGAAAGUCUCCUCUUUAAGAUAUUCUAAAUAUUCAACUAAAUACGUUUGCAGUUAUAUCAAUGUCUCUCAGUAGUCAAUUCACAUAGAAACACUUAGGAUUGAACAAAUUAAUCUUUUCUAUACAAAUUGGUUUUUCUACUAUAUAUCAGUUUGCUCAGAAUAAAGUAUAUCUAAACUAUUAGAUUUUGAUUUGGUAAAAUAUCUAUCUAUCUGUGUAACAAUGCUGCCUAAAUUGUAUAGACGAACCAAUACAGAAAUAUGUAAUAACAUUGUAUGUAUGGCCUCUCUAUAAUUCUGAAAUAAAAUCUAUAAUCCUA